CUUUUUCAUUCUUUUCUAUUGCAGACCAGAGAGAGAGAUCGAGGAGUGGUACUAGUCUUCAUAUCUUUUCUACCUUCAACGGACGCCCGUCACUUGCGGCUUAACUCUCUCGUCCCGUAGUCUGACCUUGUGGUCCAUUGCAUGACUACUUCUAGUACUUCUACUAGUACUACUACUAUACUCUCUCCCUCUCUACUUCCACGCACGUGUAAAGGUCAGGCGCGUGGUCUCCAUCCUCAUCCGUUAUUUAAUUUUCUUGUGAAGUCACCUUCGAUCAUUCUUUCAUUCUUCUGGUCUUCUCGUUUUGUUUUUGAAUAGUCGACCGUUCUUCGUCCAAGAUGCCUUCCAUCAAACCAGUUCUGCAUCCAUUGCAGACACCCCGGACGAUGGUCUUCCCAUCCGAGCUUCAAAGUGACUCGGGGUCCUCUAGCCUUUCAGCAGGCAAUGGGAGGGGUGACGAAGCACUAUCCACGCCAAUCACACCCCCCGCGGCUUAUACUGAGUUCCUGAAGAAGUUCCAACCUAUAUUAUCCCCGAUCACUGGAGAGCCGGACUUCUCCAAGAUCCACACUCUGAGAGAAGGCAACUCCACCACCUCGAACUCUCCAACAUCCCAGCCAACAUCGCGGCCAGUGAGUGCAGCCAGUGGUACUUUCAACGCCAAUGGGGAAUCGUCCAGGCCCGCUACCGCUUCGCUGCCGCCACCAACCCCUUAUACAGCACCUCCAGUCAGACGAGACCCGAGGACUCUACGUGCUUUACGCAUCCCGCCCCCGCCGAGGUAUUCAUCCACGAUAGAGGCUCCCAGGAGUGCAGCGACGCUUGCCUCACCUUUCCCUGCGUCCCCUUUUUCUGUAUCUCCUUUCUCUACGUCUCCUUUCUCCGCGAAUCCCUUCUCUGCAUCCCCCUCGGACUGGAGAAUGCGCUAUUGGGAUGGACCCCACACGGCGAUCCCCAGUGGCAGAUUUAGUGUGCGACAUGUUGUCACUCAUACGAUCACCUUCAAGAGGACACAACUCGAGGACCCCCCGAAGGGAAAGCGGAGAAAGCGCGAAGAGUCCAGCGAACCUGAACCUUAGAGACUUCAGUUUGGUAUCAUGUGAAUGAAUUUUUGGAAACGGUCAGGUGCACUAGCGCAGGCUUUCGGUAUUUGGCGUUGGGGGGAGGGGGGUUUACUGCUACUCAGGUCAAGCGAUGUUUAAAUUGAUUUUCUUCCCAUAUCUUCUUUCAUGCGGGGUCCUACUCUACUAUGGCUUUAGGAAAUUGAUAUGAUGCCCCGGUGGCUGCAAAACCUUUACCUCUCUCCAU